UCUUCCUGGGGAGGAGCUUAGCGUUUCACACCAAUGGCUUCUUCUGUUCUCAAUCUCUUCAAAUCAUGUAGACCCUUUACUCCAAUACGCUUUUCUUCCCUUCCCAAGUCUCAAUUCAGAAGUCCAUUUCUCCUCAGGGCUGGAAAAUUAACUCAGUCCCGUCGAUGUUUCACGGCUCUGUCAUCACUAACGGACGGUGGAGAUUCGAUCUCAGGAGAAAAGGAGCUGUGGCUGCACAACACGAUGAGCAGGAAGAAGGAGCUGUUCAAGCCCAAGGUCGAAGGUAAAGUUGGAAUGUACGUUUGCGGUGUCACAGCUUAUGAUCUCAGCCACAUUGGGCACGCACGAGUCUACGUCACGUUUGAUGUGCUCUUGAGGUACCUUAAGCAUCUAGGAUAUGAAGUGUCUUAUGUUCGAAAUUUCACGGAUGUGGAUGACAAGAUAAUUGCCCGAGCUAAUGAAUUAGGGGAAGAUCCAAUCAGUUUGAGCAGACGGUUCUGUGAGGAAUUUAAUCGAGAUAUGGAACAGCUUCAGUGUCUAGAUCCUUCUGUCCAACCACGUGUCUCAGAUCAUAUACCUCAAAUCAUCGACCUGAUCAAGCAGAUUCUUGAUAACGGGUAUGCCUACAAAGUUGAUGGAGAUAUUUACUUCUCAGUUGACAAACUUCCAACAUAUGGAAAACUGUCUGGGCGAAAACUAGAAGAUAACCGUGCAGGUGAGAGAGUAGCAGUUGACACAAGGAAGAAACACCCUGCAGAUUUUGCUCUGUGGAAAGCUGCAAAAGAAGGAGAGCCCUUUUGGGAGAGUCCUUGGGGAAGAGGAAGGCCUGGUUGGCACAUUGAAUGCAGUGCGAUGAGUGCCGCUUAUCUUGGUUAUAGUUUUGACAUACAUGGUGGCGGAAUGGAUCUUGUGUUCCCUCACCAUGAAAAUGAAAUUGCUCAGAGUUGUGCAGCUUGUGAUAGCAGCAACAUCAGCUAUUGGAUUCAUAAUGGUUUUGUUACUGUUGACUCCGAGAAGAUGUCGAAAUCCUUGGGGAAUUUUUUCACAAUCAGACAGGUUAUAGACCUUUAUCAUCCUCUUGCCCUGAGACUUUUUCUAAUGGGAACUCACUAUCGAUCUCCUAUCAAUUACUCUGAUUUCCUCCUCGAGAGUGCUUCAGAGCGCAUUUUCUAUAUUUAUCAGACGUUACAUGAUUGUGAAAGCCUUCUAGGCGAGAAAGAUUCGACAUUUGACAGUGAUUCUGUUCCUUCAGAUACUUUGACAACCAUUACCACAUUCCGUAGCGAAUUUAUUGGUUCGAUGUCUGAUGAUCUCCUCACUCCGGUAACUCUAGCAGCAAUGUCAGAACCAUUAAAAACUAUCAACGAUCUCAUUCACACCCGAAAGGGAAAAAAGCAAGCAAGAAGAGAAGAGUCACUCAAGGCUCUAGAGACAACAAUCAGAGAUGUCCUUACUAUACUGGGGCUUAUGCCCACAAGCUACUCAGAGGUUCUUAAUCAGCUAAAAGAGAAGGCACUAAAGCGAGCUGGACUGAAAGAGGAAGAUGUGUUGCAAAGAGUGCAAGAGAGAACAGACGCAAGGAAGAACAAAGAAUACGAAAGAUCUGAUGCAAUUAGGAAAGAUUUGGCAUCCGUUGGGAUCGCUUUGAUGGAUAGUCCCGAAGGAACAACUUGGAGACCAGCCAUUCCUCUUGCCCUUCAAGAACCUGUAACUAGUACACCUUGAGCUUCUAAACUUGUACGGUUUUUCAACUUAUUUACAUCAACUAGGGUCAUAACUGUAUCAUUUUUUUUUUUUUGUUGAUCUCGACUAAACACACUAAAGAGUAACAUGUUUUAUUCAUUUUUAUGUCUACGUUAUCGAAAAAUUAUUAUAUUUUUAUAUUUAAGA